AUGCCAGCAUCGCCGCUCCCCGCACUCUCUCCGCCUGCCAGCCCACGCAGAAACACAUCCGGCGCGUCGGCGCUUGGUUCACGAAAAGCCGACAUCCCUCCCGACGCCAUUCGAGGGUUCGCCACCGUAGGCAGUCUCGUCCGCUCCGAACACUUUGCGCAGCACUUUGACGACGAUAUUGCAGGAAAAGACCAGGAACAAUCGCGGAAGAAGUCACCCGAAGAUGUAGGAAACAUUGCGGCAACCAAGAAAAAGCCUGGGAAGCGGGCUGCAACCACGUCUACCGCAGAUGGCGAGGCCAAACCGAAACCCAAACCAAGAGCACGGAAACCCAAGGCGGCAGACGAGGAGGCUGUUAUAAUCGACCCAGAACUACGGCUUCCAGCGGCCAAAGUGUCGCCCUUCUUCGCGGCCGAAGGUGCUCCAGCAGCAAUUGAGCCCUCAGACGAGCCCGUAGUCGAUGUCCCGAAACUUACAAAAGCUGGAAAGCCACGAAAACCCCGCGCAAAGAAGGAGAAUGUAGGUGGAGAAGAGGCGGUGCCCAAGCCGAAGAGAACGAGGGUCACCAAACCCAAAGCUGCCAAGGCUAAGGCUGGUGGGAAGUCGCAGGAGGAGGCGUGUGUCGAGUCUGCACAUUUUCGCAAGUCUGAAGACACGGGUGAUGAAACCGUCGCAGGUGUGCUAGCAACUCGCAAAUCAGCAACCACCGAGAACGUAGGAUCGGGCGAAGCGUCGAUUUGGGAUGUACCGCAAAGUCCAAAGCCCAAGAAGAAGCGGGCGCCCAAGAAACCACCACCAGAUCCGGUCAUCAAUAAUCUGGAGUUGGACGAGGCAGUAUCAAGGAGGCGAGAUUGGACGCCACCACGAGAUACGGCAAUACCAAGUCCAUUCACGGACUCGGUGGGCAAAGAAAACAAGCAGAUCGAGCCAGAUGCUGACAACGGGGGUUUCACGCACAUGAUCUCCAACUUUGCCUAUGCGCAGGCUCUUCCCGCCCAAGUCGCAUCUACUGUCGCAGACUCGGCCACAGGUACCAUGGCGGCAACCAAACGACGUCGCAUUGAGCUCCUUGAUGUUCCUGGCAAUCAAACGACAUCGCGUAACUCAUCACCGGAAAAGGGCAAAGCACCCAAGAAGAAGCCGCGAACCAUUACAGAUAUUGCUACCGAACAAUAUCAGCACCGAGCUGCUCAACUUGACCAAUCCGAUGUUGCCAGCGACUUUUUCCAAUCUCACACUGCGGUUACAAAGGUACCGCUGAACGAUGCGUCGCUGCCAAAUGGCGACGCGCCUACCAAGAAACCACCGCGCAAGCGCUCAACAUCUAAGCCAGCUUCCGAGAAAGAAAAAGUUGGCUCGAAGGCCAGGUCAAAGAAGGCGUCGACAAAAGCAGCUGCCAAGCCUAAGCACAUCGCCGAGAAGCUUCUCAGCCCAGGAUCAGCAUUGAUGCGUAUGAACAAGCAGGACAUUCUCUUCGGUACCUCGAGUCAGCUCGCACUCGAAGAGCCUCCGACGUUGGUACGACAGCUGCAGCAUGCACUGAAGGAGUCGGAAGUAGAAGCCGACCUCUCUUCCAACGGCAUGAUUGCUCCUCCACCACGUUGGCCAAAGCUUGACAAAGUCGUAGGCAAGCGCAGCCUGUGGGAUGCUAGCUCAAGAGAUGUCGAAGGUGGCAUGCUCGAGCACAUGGAGGACGUGUACAUACCCGAAUUCGAUCGGACCCAAGACUUUCCGCUCCUGAUGGAUGGCACGAACGACCAGCCGGACGGUGCGCCGCCCUCAUUUGCAGAUAUCGACGACUUCGAGCCAGCGCCACCCGUUAUCAUUUCAUCUGAUGGUCCAACACCCCCGCCCACCACAUCAAGAACAUCGCAAAGAAAAGCCAACGAUGAACCUGAUCACGUAAUGGAAGGUCCUGUUUUCGAAGACAUUGAUGAUUUCGACUUUCAACCUCCGCCUUCAAACCAGAACGUGGAGUUUCAGGACAGUUUUGCAGAUGAUGACGAAAUCCUGCACACGUCUGUUCAGUCAAGUACACAUCCGCCGCCGAGACUGCGGCCACCAGCUACAUCCGAUCCCAUGAACGGUUCGUCAAAGAAGCCUCGUGGCUGUCCAGCCAAGUCGCAGUCCGCAAUAGCAACAAGUGGCUCUCCAGCCGUUGCGAAGGAGCCCAAGCGAACGAAAGGGAAGGAAGUAAAGAGUGCGCCAGCACCGCCGACGACCCCAGCGAAAGGCUCUGGGCGCUUCAUCGACAUUGACGAGAUUCUAGACUCCGAUGAUGAAGCCUUGCAAGCUUUGUCUCCUACGCCGCCUCGUAUCCAUAAUUUCGAGAACUCUCAGCCCCUCCCGCUCUACUCCGUAUCCCCCACGCGCGCUAAAAAGCCCAAAGCCGACUCCUCCGUAGACUCUAAGAUCGUACCUGUGCACAUUAUACCAACUGCGCAUCUUGAAUGGCUGAAUCUCAAAAAUUCCAUCUUUCCUUCCAUAACCUCGCAUAUCCGUAGCUUACCUUCCACGCGCGAUCCGUCCAAACCUUCCUGGCACGAAAAGAUCCUCAUGUACGACCCCAUCGUCCUCGAAGACUUCACCGCCUAUCUCAACGCUAAGACGAGUCUGCGGACAUGGCGGCGCGCGACGAAAAUCCAAUCGAAAGCGUGGAACAAAGCGCAGAAAUCGAUUGGUGCGCAGGAAAUUGGUGUGGUGGAGGGUGGGGGGAAUGUGCUUGCUGUUGAAAAGGAAUUGGAGGCCUGGCAGGUUCAGUCUUGGUGUGAGAGUAUGUCGGUUUGUUGCAUUUGGGGUGAGGGUAGGGGGAAGGGGGGUGUGAGGAAGGGGUUUUACUGA